AUGGAUUGCUUUAAAUUCCCGGCUAAUGCUUUGCCAAAUUUGCAAUCACUUGCUAUUACCUCGACAGAGCACCUCCAACCAACCGACUCGGACUGGAAGGUCAGGAGAAUCCUGACGGACGCUGCCCAGGUGGUUAUAAAAUUACCACAGCUCCAGAUUAUCGAGCUGUGGAAUUGCGAGAACGGCCACGCGGCUGUCCUGAGGUACGAGGCAGGGGAAAAAGAACGGGCAGCAACCUGUGAGCUCACAUGGAGAAGCUCGUGGUACUCGCCGAUUGGGGCUGAGGCAAUCAAGGCUUGGGAGGAUGCGGCACAUCAGAUAUCCCAGAUAACGAGGGCCAAGCAGAGGUUCCAACGUGGAGGGCGUGAUACCAUGCUCGUCUACACGUUCAGCGAGUCACAAAGAUUAGAGUUUGGACUGUGUGAGACUCAUAUUUUAAUUCCCUUCUCAUUUUCUCAUGUCGCCCAGACGAUUCUCGCAAACCCCGAGCUCCAGGGCGCCCGGCUCCUCCACUAA